AUGGAAGGACAAACUGUAGUAAAGCCGGUGCUGUAUUCAUACUGGCGAAGCUCAUGCUCUUGGCGUGUUCGUAUUGCAUUAAAUCUGAAAGAAAUACCUUAUGACAUAAAAGCAGUUAGUUUGAUAAAAGGUGGUGGAGAACAACACUGCAAUGAAUAUAGAGAGGUGAAUCCAAUGGAACAAGUUCCUUCUCUUGUUAUAGAUGGGCAUACAUUAAUAGAAUCUCUUAGUGUUAUGCAUUAUUUGGAGGAAACCAGACCUCAAAGAUCUCUUAUGCCGCAGGACUGUUAUAAAAGAGCAAAAGUUAGAGAGAUUUGUGAGGUAAUAUCAUCAGGAAUUCAACCGCUACAGAACCUAAUAGUUCUUAUCCAUGUUGGUGAAGAGAAAAAAAAGGAAUGGGCGCAGCACUGGAUAACAAGGGGAUUUCGAGCUGUUGAAAAAAUAUUAUCUUCUGUUGCUGGAAAAUACUGUGUAGGAGAUGAGAUUAGCUUGGCAGAUUGCUGUCUGAUACCUCAAGUUUUUAACGCCAGAAGAUUUCAUGUAGACCUUCGUCCAUUCCCAAUUAUCUUACGUAUUGAUCGUGAAUUGGAGAAUCAUCCGGCUUUUCGUGCCGCACACCCUUCAGCUCAGCCGGACUGCCCUCCAGAAGCUGCUAAAUAA